AUGGGGACAUGUUAAACUAGAAAAAGCAAAAUUAAUAGUUAAAACACCGCAACAACUCCUGUGAGUUAGUUUUCAAAUAAGAUAAUUUCUUAUUCACAGAAUUGCAUUGACACAAAACCAAAACCAAUAUUUGUUCCUCAAAGACCUCCUAAUGUGGAAUAUAGUGAUUAUGAUCCAACAAAUCCGCAUCGACAGUUUAAUGUAAGGAUAAAUGGAGUUCAUUUUGAAGUCAUAAAUUCAGUUGAAGAAGACAUUUUGGGAUAACUAGAUUGA